AUGGAGGAGGCGCUGAGGCGGGAGCUGCGCACCGAGGUGCUCCGCUCGGCGGGGCGCUCGGCGGGCGGCUGCAUCAGCCAGGGCCACAGCUACGACACGGACCUCGGCCGGGUGUACGUGAAGAUCAACUCGCAGCCGGAGGCUAGAAGAAUGUUUGAGGGAGAAAUGGCAAGUUUGGAAGCCAUCCUGAAAACACAGACAGUAAAAGUGCCAAAACCCAUAAAAGUUAUAGACCUCUCUGGAGGCACCACUCUGCUUGUGAUGGAGCAUCUGGAAAUGAGAAGCUUAAGCAGACAUGCAGCAAAGCUUGGAUCACAGCUGGCUGAUCUCCACCUUCAUAACCAGCAGCUUGGAGAGAAGCUGAAGAAAGAGGAGAGCACAGUUGGUAAAGGUCAAGGGCAAGUAGAAGUCCAGUUUGUGGAUCAGUUUGGUUUUCAUACAGUUACCUGCUGUGGCUACCUUCCACAGGUGAACGACUGGCAGAAUGACUGGGUGACUUUCUUUGCCAAACAAAGAAUCCAGCCCCAGAUGGACAUGAUUGAAAAGAAUUCAGGAGACAGGGAGGCAAGAGAGCUUUGGGCAAAGCUUCAGGUGAAGAUACCCAGCUUGUUCUCUGAUAUCGAAAUUGUUCCUGCUCUCCUGCAUGGGGAUCUYUGGGGAGGAAAUGUGGCUGAGGAUGAUUCUGGUCCAAUUAUCUUUGAUCCAGCUUCUUUCUACGGCCAUUCAGAGUAUGAACUUGCAAUAGCCGGGAUGUUUGGUGGCUUUAAUAGCUCCUUUUACUCUGCUUAUCACAGUAAAAUUCCCAAAGCUCCAGGGUUUGAAAAACGCCUGAAGCUUUAUCAGCUUUUUCACUACAUGAAUCAUUGGAAUCAUUUUGGAACAGGCUAUAGGGGAUCAUCCCUAAAUAUUAUGAGAAACCUGGUAAAAUGACUUUCUGCUGAAGCAGAAUACCUCCCGUGUUGCUUGGAAAACCCUGUGCUUGGUGAUGCAAUUACAGGUGUGUGAUGUUAAAAUAGCUGCUAGACCCUUGACCUUGUUGCACAGCUAAAGAUCUAGAAUUAUUAAGUCCUGCUAAAUAUCAAGCAUGGCAUAUGAAUCCCUUUUUAGGRUAGUUGGGAGUAAUUUUUAGGAGGGAAAUAUCCAAGGAAGGGGUUUAUUCAGUUACACGAAACACCCAUUUGUGUCAAGAAGGAGUUGCAGACUUGAGAUUAGGCAAGUUGAUUCAGAUCAAGUCACAGGUAGAUAAUUCGGAUGAAGAUCUCUCUGUUGGGACCAAAUAUGCUUCAGAGUAGAGAAGUAUUAGCUAAGGAUUUGCAUUCAUGCCCUGCUGGAAGACAUCAAUGGAGAAGUGCUUGUGA